AUGAGAUCCUUAUACCUAUUGCUCUUAACCAUUUUCUCCAUGUGUUGCAUUUCCUUAGCACAUUACUCCCCUCAAGACUUCCUUGACCCGCACAAUGAGGCUCGCGCAGAGGUUGGUGUUGGUCCACUCUCAUGGAACGACACACUUGAAGCUUAUGCUCAGAACUAUGCCAACUCGAGGAUCCAAGACUGCAAUCUGGUGCACUCCUACGGGCCUUAUGGGGAGAACGUGGCGGAGGUUUACGGCGAAAUGACGGCUACAGAUGCCGUGAAGUUGUGGGUGGCGGAGAAGCCCAAUUAUGAUCAUAACUCCAACUCAUGUGUUAAUGGUGCAUGCUUGCAUUAUACUCAGGUCAUUUGGCGCGAUACGGUUCAUCUUGGGUGUGCAAGAGCAGUGUGUAACAAUGGGUGGAUUUUUGUUAUUUGCAGCUAUGACCCACCAGGCAAUAUUGAAGGCCAACGACCUUUAUAG